UUGUUGUGCAUCCUCACCAGCAAUUUUUUUUUAAACUAAUUAAUGAUUAACGGGGGUGCUCUGCAUGACACUGUUCAAUGGCACUGAAGAGAAGAAGGAGCAGAUGAGACCAGAUGAAUGCAUCAAGAUCCUUUUUGUAGCACUAAACAUCUAAAAAGGAAAAUGAAGCCCACCUUCUCCUUGUGUUUAUUGCUGGCUGGUUUGUAUGCUGUUGCCCAGUGUCAUCAGCGCCCUCACUACCGCAAUAAGCAGGAUGAUGCUAAAGGGACAUAUUAUCCAAGACACAAUUCUCAGUGGGAAGGAGCUUAUCCAGUUAAGAACAAAACCUUUGUCAAACUAGUUCUCAGCAAUGCUGACUUUGCAUUUUCAUUUUACAAGCUGGUCGCAUCGGAAGCAACAGAUCAAAAUAUUUUCUUUUCACCCAUAAGCAUCUCUGCUUCCUUUGCAAUGCUGGCACUCGGUGCCAAGUCAGCGACACUGACACAGAUUCUGGAAGGGCUUGCCUUUAACCUGAAAAAGACUCAGGAGAUGGAAAUACAUGACAAUUUUUGCCAACUCCUCCACAUGCUGAACCGUUCAGACAGUGAGUUCCAGCUGAGCCUGGGAAAUGCCCUUUUUAUAGAAGAGACUCUGAAACCAGUACAGAAGUUCUUGGAUGAUGCCAAAAGUUUUUAUGAAUCUGAAGUCUUUUCUUCCGACUUUAACAACUCUGUUGGCACUGAGAAUCAGAUCAACAGUUAUAUUGAGGAAAAGACAAAUGGGAAAAUUGUUAAGCUAGUGGAAAAUCUUGAUCCUCUCACUGCAAUGGUUCUUGUUAACUAUGUCUUCUUUAGAGCUCAUUGGGAGAAACCCUUCAGUACAUUAUACACAAGACAGGAGGAUUUUUUUGUGGAUCAGAAAACAUCUGUAAAAGUUGACAUGAUGUAUCGGAAAGGUUACUACAGAAAUUACUUUGAUGAAGAGCUGUCCUGUUGGCUGGUUCAGAUACCUUACAAAGGAGAUGUUGCAGCAUUAUUUGUUUUGCCUGACGAAGGGAAGAUGAAGCAGGUGGAAGAUGCUCUCUUGAAAAAGACUGUAUCUAAAUGGGAAAAGUUCCUCCAAGACAGAAAAAUACAUCUGCACAUUCCAAAAUUUUCUGUUUCUGGUACCUAUGAUGUGAAAAGGAUAGUUAAACAAAUGGGUAUGAUCGAUCUGUUCACUGACCAAGCUGAUCUGUCUGGGAUUACUGAGGAACCUGGACUGAUGGUUUCAAAAGUGAUUCACAAAGCCAUGCUGAAUGUUCAUGAGAAUGGCACUGAAGCAACAGGGGUCACAGUGAUGGAGGUUACCUGGAGAUCUGGUGAUUUUCCUCGUCCGCCCCGAGUCAAAUUCAACAGGCCCUUUCUCCUGGUGAUUCUGGAUAAAGUCACCCACACUGUCCUCUUCAUUGGGAAAAUCAUAAACCCUCAGAAAAAUGACUGAUUGACAAGACUUCAGCACAUCACUGCCUAAAUCCCUGUGAUCCUGUGAAACACUUAUGUAUGGAUACCACUAUGUACUAGAGCUCAUCUUUCAACCAUUACCCUUAUAAACAUAAUCAUCCCUUAAAACAUAAAAACUAUUUUUCCUUGUCCAAAAGUCACUAGUAUUUACCCCAGCCUACAGCUGAGUAUCGACUUGUAGUGUUAAUGAAAUACAAGUAACUUUUCACCAGUUUUGUGGGAUGCCCUUUCUGACAUGCUUCUGGGGGUAUUCAGAUUUUUCAAAGUCUCCAGAUGAUGUAGCUGUUGCUGUACAAUCAUGGUUUGUGCCUGCGAGAGAAGGAGAAGGGAAACAGGGAAAAGGAGGUACAAGAUGUAAGACCUCUCUGUUUAAUCCACUAACCUUUGAUGAUUAUUCUUAAAUAUAGAUCCCCUUAAUAUUGGAGCAAAUUUUAAGUAAUUUUUUCAGGUUUUGUAACCAAGUAUGGUAUGAAACUGUGGGAUCAGUGACUGGGACACUGGAGAACACCCCAGUGUAAAGAGUUGAUGAGUGCAGCUGUUUUAGUUUACCUUCCUCUGUCUCCUCCUCAGUGAUAGUCUUCCUCAUGGAGACAAGAAAGUUGCUUUUUCUUCACAGAUAAUGUUUAUUCUACUAGAGAAGGAAGCCAUAGCAGCACAAAGACUUCUGUUUUGUCUUGCUAAUAUAGCUAUUGUUGCCAGUGCCUUGAGAUAAAAGUCUUAUGGAGCAGUCCAUGACAUAGGACCAGUUCUCCAUUUAUGGAUUUAUUGUCACUGUAGUUUCUCUUUUCUUCUACUAAUGCCACCUUCACUAUCACACUUUCCAGCUAGACUUGUCAGACUGUGGUAGAAAAAUGGAGGAAUGAAAAAUUGUAGCUCCAGAGAGUUUCUAUUUCCUCAGUAGGGACAGCAGAGCUUUCCUAGGGACUGUUAACCUGCUUCAAGUGUCAUAAACACACAUAAAAAAUUCAGAAAAUAUUUGAGAAGUCACCUUUCUAUGUUUUAGCAGUGGAUUACUGUUAUAGAGUAAAAACAGACUGUGAAUUGAUUUUUGUACCUUUCCUGAGUCCAACUACAGUAGAUAGUUACACAAAGCAGUAAAUAUUUAAUUUUUUUUUUUAGUUUUUUAUUUUUUUAAUGGACAUCCUUAGCACAUCUUAUUAAAAUGCAGAAAGGCAAUGAAAGCA